AUGCUUGUGAAGCGUUUGAUAUGUUCCAGUACAAAGGCGUUCAAUCGCUUCCAGCGAAUACCGUAUUGUAAUCAAAACACCAAUUCCUUAAACUACAAUGUUACCCCGCUUAGUGGAAUGCCUUUUGGGCGAAGUUUUAGCACUGAUGUAAAUCAUCCACCCGAUGACGGACAAAAGCCGGUAACAGUAUCGUUGUACCAGAUGAAGAAAACAAUCAAAGCUUCCAGUGCGAUACUGGGCGAAAGUGUUGAAGGUCCUACCUGCAUUCAAACCGUUUGUCCUGUGUGCCAUAUCGUACCGGGUGUGGAAGGAAAGGAAGCCACCGAUACGGCCCGGAAGAAGAUAUUCGUGAACAAAACGACGGGCAAUUUCACCUGUUCUUCAUGUCAGUAUCUUGGCCGAUGGGAUCACAUCGAGAAGUUUUUCCCGCCGUACAGUCGUGUGCCGAAAACGGUACAAGAACUGCGGAAACUAAGGGAUGCGUUUUUGGAGCUGAAGAAAGAGCACAUGGGAGCGGUACAUACAGUUCCGGAGGAUGCAGUAGCGCUGGAAUCGUUCGAUAGCGCUCGAGAAGUGAUACGUUGUCUGCAGUUGGAGAACAUUAUUCCUGAGGCACUGGUUAAUGUGAGGGCUUGUUGGCAGCGGCAAAAGCAAGAACUCUUCAUACCGAUGGUAGACGUUGAAAGUCGUACAAUUGGUUAUAAGAAGCUACUCGUUGGACCGGAUGGAGAAGUUGUUGAACGUACUGUACCCGAAACGAAUGCAAGCGGUCUCAUUUACCUAAGAUGUUCCCCGUCCAACACGGCAACAAAAGCCAAAGACCAAAGCCAAACCAAUGCCAUACUCGUACUUAAUGUGCUUAAUCUACUCGCCCUAGGCAGUGUGAAGCUCAAUGCCACGGCCGUCUGUCUUCCUCAUGGACUGAAAACACUACCUCAACAGUGUUUGCCCGGGAUGGAUCGUUUCCAGCGACUUACGCUAUGGUUCAACUACGACACAGCCGGCUGGGAUACGGCUCGUAACUUUGCCAAGAAGCUCGACGAACGGAGGUGUCUUUUUGUGCGCCCAACGGACCAACAUCCUACCCCGUACAAAGCGUUGCUGGAAGAAACAACCGAACCGAAGGCAAUCUUAGCGAAAGCACAACCCAUCCUGCAUCAAUCCAUCACCACGUUCCGAGCUCUGCGCCAAGAUGUGUUGAGCGAUUUGCAGAACAUUGACAAAGUGCAGGGAGUUAAAUGGAAACGUUAUCCUACACUGAACAAACUGCUUAAAGGCCACCGCAAGGGUGAGCUAACCGUACUGACCGGACCAACGGGAUGUGGCAAAACCACCUUCAUGUCGGACUAUUCGCUCGAUCUGGCACAGCAGGGUGUUUCUACACUGUGGGGAUCGUUCGAGAUACGAAAUACGAGGCUCGCGGUAACACUGCUCCGACAGAUGGUGGGCCGUCCACUCGAUGAGAAUUUGGCGAAUUUUGAGCAAUGGGCAGAUGCGUUCGAACGUUUACCGAUUUACUUUAUGACCUUUCAUGGGCAGCAACCGAUCAAGAUUGUUAUGGAAGCGAUCGAGCAUGCACAGUACGUGCACGACAUCCAGCACGUUAUCAUCGACAAUCUGCAGUUCAUGAUGGGUAUGCUGGACGAAACGAAGCAUCUGGAUCGGUACUGGAAGCAGGACGCAAUUAUAGCCGCGUUCCGCACGUUUGCCACCAAGCGCAAUUGUCACGUGACGCUGGUGAUUCAUCCGCGCAAGGAACGGGACACGGACGAGCUGACGACGAGUUCCAUAUUUGGCGGGGCGAAAGCUUCCCAGGAGGCGGACAAUGUGUUGAUCAUACAGGACAAACGGUUAACGUCGGUAAGAGGCAAGAAGUAUUUGCAGAUAGCGAAGAACCGAUACAGCGGUGAUCUUGGGAUAAUGCCGCUCGAUUUCGAUAAGGCAAGUCUUAGCUAUGCUCAGCGAAAGAAGAAACCGGAAGGAGGUGAUGACGGAGGUGGACCGACCGAAGGCACAGAAGUAGUCGCUGGCGUACCGAUUGAUCGGACGGUUAGGCGAGCGUUCUAG